CCCUCUCUCCUACAUUCAAACAUGGCGAAACUCUUUGCCAUUAUACCACCACCAUCACCCUCACCUUUCUCCAGUCCAUCGCUGUCAUUACCACCAACGCCAUCACCAUCUUCGCCACUAUCAUCACCGUUAUCUCCGGUAGCGUGAUGACCCGCGAGGAUGGAGAAGUUGUCGGCGAGCCUGUCGGAGAUCACUUGGAGCCCGUUGGCGCUGCCGCUGGACGCGGUGGUCAGCAAGUUCCGUCUGCCCACUCUGGUCCGCCUAGCCCACGGUGAAUGUGUGGAGGGUCUGUCAGAGGACGAUGUGGUGCUCUUACACUCCUGCCGUCAGUGGACCACAGUGACGGCCCACAGCUUAGAGGAGGGUCACUAUGUAAUUGGUCCCAAAAUUGACAUCCCUCUGCAGUAUCAGGGGAAAUUCAAGUUGCUGGAUGAAGACCGGGACGUCAGGGAUCCAGUCCAGUAUUUCUCCAGUGUGGAGGAGGUUGCUGGUGCCUUUCCAGACCGAGUUUUUGUCAUGGAGACGAUCACUUUCAGUGUCAAAGUUGUUUCAGGGGAAUUUAGUGAAGACAGUGAGCCCUACAGUUUCACUCUGCAGGCUGGAGAUGAGCUGUCGCUCAUGGGGAAAGCAGAGCUUCUCUGUGCCACUCCCUCAAAGGAAAAGACGGGACUGAGCGCGCUCCUUAGACGACUAGGAAAGACUCCCAGAAGUAAAACGCCCUGCCUGGUCUGCAUGAACCAUCGCACCAAUCAAAGUGUCAGUUUGCCCUUUGGCUGUCGUGGACGCUUCUGCACACGCUCUCCACUGGAGCAAGGCAUGCUGGGGGGGGAGCACACGGUGCGCAGCAUCAUCGAGAGAGUCCGCCUCCCCGUCAAUGUGUCUGUGCCGUCGAGGCCACCACGAAACCCCUACGACCGUCACGCAGUACGAGAGGGCCACCGCUACAAGCUGCUCAACAUAGUCAGCAAGACGGUGGUGCUCUGCAUGGUUCUCCGCCAUCAGGAAGUCUCCCCCUCCCACUUUUUGUUGCUGCGUUGCAUGCCCCGGUUUAAUGUGGCCGAGGCCUCCGUGCACAAAGCGGCAUUGGAGAGCCUUCUUCUGCGACAUGCGUUUGACCCAGAUGCCUACUCUCGUGCUGUUAGAGAAACUCGGCCAGAAUUGGAGUGCAUGACUGAGGAGUGUGUGAGCCCACGGCGCUCUCGCGUGUGUGUGUCGAGCCAGGACUCAUUGGCACCGGCACUGCAGCGUCUCUCAAUGUGCGGGUAUGUUGGUGGAGUCUCAGACAGCGUAUCUCAGCGCUGCAGGGACUCCCUUGGAGAGCGGCUAGGGGAGGGGCCAGGUGAGGAGAGGGAGUAUGUGACUCCUGAGUGGACUGAGGGUGAAAUGAGGACCACUGAGGAAAUCCCUUAUGAGGAACUCUGGACCAAUCAAAAUGCAGAGGGCUUAGGAAAGGAGCCAAACCUCAUAUCCUUCCAUUCAUCUUCCUCACUGGACGGUUCUCUUGGUACCGUCGUGACAAGAGUGUCUACCCCGCCACCUGUACCUCCAAAAUCUGAUGCUGUGAGAGAGGAGUGUCGCUAUUUGAUCGCCCCUCCAGUUCCCCCUCGUUGCUCCAAAGGAGGCUCCAUCUCCAGUCCAGCUCCCAGCCCUCCUGUUCCACCUCGCUUCCCCAAAACUUCCACCUCCCCGAGACCAAACAUCUCCUUUUACUCCUCUGGACUACAGGACAGUUGCUCCCCCUCCCCCGAUGCCUCCCUCUACUGUUACCCAUGCUCUUGGGGUGACUGCUCUGCCCCUAAUCCUACUAGUCCUGAGCCUGUCUCUGGCAUCCCUACAGACAACACAGCCAAUCCUCAGCCUGCACAAGCCACCUGGGCAGAGCCAUGGGUGGAUUCCUUCACUUCCUCUGGACUUCGACUCAGGCCGCCACCCCCACAGAGUCGAUUUGCUCCCUUUGGGGCGUUGAACCCCUUCAACCGCCAGUCCCCUUGCCCCUCGCCUGAGCCUGCUCCCAAUUCCACAACAGAUUCUUCCAGAGGCGCAGAGGGUGGUGGGACAUCAACAGGAGUCACUGAGGGGUUGUCCCCGCUCCCUGACCCUACCUGGCGACCUCCCGCUGACCUGUCUGCUCUGUCAUUGGAGGAAGUCUCAGCUUGCCUGCGGUUUAUUGGCCUAUCAGAGGCAGCGGUGUCCGUGUUCCAAAGGGAGCGAAUCGAUGGCAGCCUGCUGGUGCAGCUGACUGAAGAUAUCUUGUCACAUGACUUCCACCUGAGCCGACUCCAUGUGACCAAGAUCACGCAAUUCAUACAGGGCUGGAGGCCCAAAAUCUAAUAUACACACUGUCCUGAGAAUGUGCCUGUUGGCUGCUGAGCCUCCAUGAAUGUGCCUUCCACUGUGACCAACUGGCUGCUGAGCCCAAUGAAUGAAACUGAAGGAAACUACGCCACACUGUGGUCAAACUGUAGAAUUGACACUUGACUGGCUCUAAUGCUUAAAGUCAGACUGACAUGUUUCCUGUCUCAAUCACAGUCUGGCACUAGUUUACUAACAAAUGGCUACAACAGAGAGCUCCAGGAUAAAAGUGCCCUCUUUGGAACUUAAAGUCUGAUUUAAACAAUGUGUGGCGUUCACACCGUUCAACUUAGAAUUUGAUAUGCAGGGGAAAUUUCUGUCAUUUUAUCUUAAAUGAAAUUUGACGAAUGAACAGAAUUUCAGCACUUUUUAGACACUUUAUUUAGUCAUCAAUAGGUGUUAAAUUAAUUUCAAGACAAGGUAAUUGUAACAUUUUGACCCUACACAGGUCAUUUAAACAUCCUUCUUGUUUCACUGAGUUUCAGUGGAAUGUAAUUGGCACAGAUAAAAUGGGAGGUUGUUGUAAAUUAAAGCUACCUUCAAAAGAAGAAUGAGGAAAAUAUGAAAAAUAUCAGACCUCUGAGCAGUCAUUGACAAAAUUACUGAGGUUUUGGUACUGAUUUUUUUGGUACAGGUCAGUCUAUGCUUCGGGAGGGAUGAUAUUUUUAUUAACAGUCCCUUUAAAGGUAACAAUGAGUGUUAUAGUAAAACUCAGAAAUGGAGUUGUAAGUGUACCUCGGAUUUCACAUCCACAUAGAUUGAUCAAAGUCCUACAAUAUCAGGAAUUGUCA